ACUCAAACGGAAUGCCAUCACCAGCACGCAGGUCUCGGCGACGGCGUUCAUCGUUGUUGAACUUUUCGUUCUCAGAAGUCGAUUUGGAACAACAAAGGCGAGCGUUAGAGAUGUUUGAGCAGCAGAUGAACGAUCAAGCUUUUGCACAACUUAUUCAUGAUCACGAUGUCCAACAUAUAAAUAAUGAUGCAAAUCAAGUCCCGGCAGCGCCCAACACACCGCCAGUUCCAGUACCUCCGCCAGUUCAGCAACCACAAGCAUCGCCCAAUGCGAGCCCGGUUUCCGUUUUGAGACGUCGGAGAUAUGCAAACCCUGAACAGGAGAGAUUUGGAGAUAUUAGCCGACGCAUACAUAAUCCUGCAAAUCAAAUCCCGGCAGCACCCAAUACACAGCCAGAGGUACCUCCUACUGUUCAGCAACCAGAAUCAUCUUCUCAAGAGCGUGCAUCACCCACAUCGCCAGAGAUUACGAUUUUUUCUACAGGAUUGUUGGGCUUGAGACGUCGGAGUUCUGCAAGAAUCUCAAUCAGAAUGUCAGCGACUGCUCAAACCAAUCUACCGAUUACACCGAUUCGUAGAAGAAGGGGUCGAGCAGUUUCUCCCAUCCUUGAAAUCGAGUUUGAAAACCUUUCAAGUAGCAGUAGUGGAACCAGCGGUGACUCGGGAAAUCAUUCGUCACCAACGAACACUAACGAUCAAUCAUUUAUUGGCGAUGAUGCGAGAACAUAUGACCAGGAGCACGUUCCCAUAGACUUUGAAGGGCCGAGCACAUCUACCGGAAUCACAGAUCGACAUCCCAGACGACGCAAUCAAGACGGCUCCCACGGAGAGUGUACAAUGUGCUUCGAGGUUCCGGUUUCGCCGCUUGGAUGCAACAAUUGUCUACAGAUUAUUGGAUGUGAAGAAUGUGUCGAUAUUUGGUAUCGCAGUUCGUCCAAACCAUCGUGCCCGCUUUGUCGUCGAAAAUGGGCAAGAAAGCCGGACGUAUCGAAGAUGUCUGUGAUUUCUGUGAGAAAACAGUCUUCUCUUCGUCGAUCCAAGCGCCGAAUAACUUCCAAAUAAUUUGUAAAUUCCCUUUAACUCAUAUUGUUUUGUGCCAUAUAACUCACCUAUAUUGCUUGUAAAAUCGUUAAGAUUACUAUAUUAUCGGAGAUUGCCUGUUUUUUUUUAUUUGCCUAUUUUUUAAUCCAAUCUCACAAAAAAAUGAAUGCAUGUAUAUAU